CUCGCAGCAGUUCCACGGAGCUCUCUCCCUGACGUCAGCCCGGACACUGAGCCCUUGCCUCAACUUCCUCGUCUUUAACACUUCCUGUACUUGUAUGGUAACCCACCGAACGCAACUUAACCGGAGACCAGAGGCGGCUGAAGUGAGAAUGAAUACUGACCAUGAGAUCGGUCUCCUGAUCGAAGAGAUUCGUCGUCUUGGAUCUCCAGGAGCAGACGGUAAAAUCAGGGUCAAGUUCGGAGUGCUGUUCGCUGAUGACAGAUGUGCCAACCUGUUCGAGGCUCUGGUGGGAACUCUGAAAGCUGCCAAGAAGAAGAAAAAGAUCAGCUUCACUGAAGAGCUGCUACUACAGGGGGUCCAUGACAACGUUGACAUUGUUUUAGAAGUGGACUGAUGACUCCCGAGUGCAGUAGUGGCAUUGGUGAUGUCAUUGUAACCCAGUCCUCAGGAAGCACGGGGUAGAUAGUUUUUUAUAUGCAUUUUGUAACGACUGAAAUGUUGAAUUGUUUGUAACUUAAAAACCACCCAAUAAAGUCCACAUCCAAGCUGA